UGAGAGGGACCUCAGUGCUUGUGAAACACCCCAGGAGAAGUGUGUUGAGUUAGAAAACCCCAGUGGGGAGGAGGCUGCAGCCCCGGAGCCGGAGGAGGGACCGCUGGAUAGCCUCGUGGAGCCCGAGGAGCUUGCUGCCCCACAGAACAUGCAACCUGAGAAGGAAACUGAGUGUGAACAGCCCUUGGAGAAACCUAGUGAAGAAUCUCUGGAGGAAAUAGCCAAGGAGGUGGAGGCAGAGCCUGAGCAAGAGGAAACACAUUUAUUUCAAGCAGAGAAGGAGAAAAUUCAGCAAUUCCAGGAGGAGGUGAAGCAGGAGGAGGAGGGAGCCGAGAAGGUUCAUCAGCAAAAAGAGCAAUCCCUCAGGACUCCAGAGGAAGAUUUGGCAAAGGCUUUUGAGGAAGAGUUGCCUGUCAGAGAGAAAGAAGCUGAGAGACUUGCAAUGCUGAGAGCAAAAAUCACCUCAGAGAUUAAGGCAGAGGAGGAGAGGAUGAGGGCAGAGCAGGAGGCCACGCUGCAGAACCUAAGGGAGGAGUGGGAAUCCCAGCAGCUGGCAGAGAAGGAGAGCCUGGAGAGGACACAGCGCCUUGCCCUGGAGAAAAUGAAGCUGGAAAUGGAGGAAGCCCAGCAGAAAGAGAUGACUGAGCUAGAACAAGAGAAGGAACAGUUCCUGAGCGAGCUCAGGGAGAGGUUAGACAGGGAGAAGAAGAAGGCAGCAGAGGAGCUGGAGGAACAGUUUGCAAGUGAGCUCCAGCAGCUGAAGUCUGCAGCAGAGGAGAAGCAUCACAAGGUCAUUUCCAGCCUGCAAACCCAGCUGGCAGAGGCACACAGGAGCAGGGAGGCUCAGCUGCAUGAAGACUUGGAGAGAGCAGACCAGGAAGUGCAGCAAAAAGCCUUUCAAGUGAAGAAAUAUGAGCAGCAGCUCAGUGAGCUCAUGAGAGAGAAACGCCAGGAAGUGGAGAAAGACCACGAGGAGAAAAUGGAGAGGAUGCGCGAGGAGCACCGGGAGGCCCUGGCACGGCUCCGGGAGCAGCACGAGGAGGAGGAGCGGAGGCAGAGGGCUGAGCUGCUGGAAGGGCUGAGGAGUGAGACCUCGCGCCUGCGGCAGCUCCACGAGGCCGAGGUGAAGGCUCUGCAGGCAGAGCUGGAGGGACGACUCGCUGCCCUGCAGCACAGGCACAGGGAGAAGGAAAGAGAACUCCAGGACUCUGAGAAUGAGCUUGAAAUACGCACAAAGCACGUCCAAGCCAGAUCAGGGCAGCUCCUUAGCCAGGAGGAGUCCCUGAGAAAGAAAAGGCAGCAGAUGCUGGAUGAGGACAGACAGGCACAGCUGGAAAGAGAUGAAGCUGCUCUGGCUUGUCAGCUGCGCCUGGAGGAGAGCAGGAGGGAGCAUUCCAGCCUCCUGGGGUCCAUCCGGCAGCUGCGGAAGUCGCUGGAGGAGCUGCAGGACCAGAAGGCUGAGCUGGAGGCACAGGUUGACGUGCUGCAGACCCGGAGCCAGAGGCUGCAGAAACGCAUCGGUGAGCUGGAGGAAGCAAUCAGGAGCAAGCAGGAGGCUCUGAAAGAACUGGAGGCAGAAGAAAGUGUGGAAUCUCCAAGAAAGAAACCUGAGCUCCACAUUGAAGACCUGAGAGAAGCUACUCAAGCUCACUCACCCAAAGAUCCUGCCUCCCCAGCCUCUCACAGCCACGAGGAGGGCGACCUGCAGUUCGAUCACCUCAGGAGCUACAUCUCCGCGGAAGGGAUCUCCCUCCGGAAUGCCAAGGAGUUCCUGCGGCGCCACACGCGCUCCAUGAGGAAGAGGCACUCGGCGCUGAAGGCUGCGAGGCUGCAGUGGCACCAGGAUCUGCAGGAGGCUGUGAAGGAUCCUCAGAGCUCUCAGCUCCUGGAGGGUGUGCGCCAGAAGCUGGAGGAGGAAGCAAAGCAGUUGAACAAGAUGAAGUCAGCCAUGCAGAAAGGACAGGUGUUGCUGAAGAAGAAAGAGGAGAAGCUCAGCCAGCUGGAGUCCUCACUGCUGGAGGAGCUCUCAGAUGAAGAUCCAGUGGAGAGUGAUACAUGCAAGAAGAUGGUGACUUUUGAUCUAAGCAGCUCUGACGACACAAGCAGCUCAUCCAGUGUGAAUCCGUAUCAGACCAAAUAUGAUUUGAGAAUGGAUUUACAGCCUGCCCCUCAACUGGACAUCCAGCACUUGAGGGACUCCCUGCAGUGCAUCAGUGGAGAGGUGAACAGGGUCAUGGGUGUCCUGGACUCCCUGAGCCAUCACCAGUCUCCUCUCCUCACCUCGAGACCACGGGAUGGUAUCCCUCUUUCCACAUACUCCUGCUUGGCAGGUCUGCAGGCAGGCAGCUCCCUGGGGCCUCCCCCCAGGGUGUCUGCCAUGGACCAGUGGGCCCAGAGCACUGGGCUCAGCUCUAGUCCCUCCUCAGGGCAGUCAGUGGACAAGAUCCUGGCAGAGAAAUGGCACAGAUAUUUCCCAGGUGGGUUCCCAUCACUCAGUAGGAGUUCCAAGCCUCUGGACAACAAGCUAGGAUAUGUCCCUGCAGUGAAACAAAUCCAGCUGCUCCAGCAUUCCCAGUUCCAUGAACCAGGGAAGAUGAGCAUCGAAGGAAGGAUUGAGAGCAGCAAGAAAUGGCUGGAAGAAGUCAAGAAGGAUUCAAAAGUGUAUCCUUUACCUGGAUCUGGUCUUUAA